AUGAAUUUCAGUAAUUCCUCAGACAACAAGGAUGCUGCCGCUAGUUGUCGCCUGACGAAAAAGCAAGACAGCCUCGCUGCUCUGCCUUUUAUCGCGCCUGACGAAAAAGCAAGACAGCCUCGCUGCUCUGCCUAUUAUCGCGAUCAAUUUAGGAUCAUGUCCCGUUAUCAUCUUCAUGAACACGUUAGUUAUCUUUGCGAUAAAAACACGGCGACCAUUGCAGACUAACUACAACAUACUACUGGCCCGUUUAGCGGCAACAGACAUGGUAGUCGGCUUGGUUUCACAACCACUAUUCAUCGCACAAGAAGUUUACUAUCUGUCAGGUGCAUCGCUUGCGGAUUAUUGCCACGUUUACAAAACGGCAGUCUUCUUCUAUAUUUUU